ACGGAGGCGUAUCUCCAAGAGAGUUUGAGCAGCGACCUGGCCGAUAUCGAGGGCACGUACAUCGCUCCUGGUGGCAACUUCUGGGUCGCAACGCCCAAGACGGCGCCUAAUGAAGUGGUGGGCAUGGUUGGCCUUGAGCUCAAGGACAACAAGGAAGGAGAGCUACGCCGAUUGUCAGUGAAAGGCACGCACCGGCGUCUCGGUGUCGGACAGAAGCUCAUCGCUGCGCUCGAGCAAUGGGCUCGGGAGAGCGGACUCCGGAAGGUCUGGUUGACAACGGUUGGAGUAAUGGACAAGGCUCGAGCCUUCUACCCGUCCGUGGGGUACGAACAGACCGCGGUCGCCGAGGUCAGCGAAGAUUUCCAUAUCUACACGUUUGAGAAGCUUCUUGGGGAGGUGACGGGUAAUGGAGACAUCGUGAUACGCCAGUAUCAAGCAGAGGACUUGAAGCAGGUCGUGACGCUCUUCAGAGAGGGCAUGCUGCAUUAUCCCGCACACAACAUGAGCGUCGACGUACUGGAGCAGCAUAUGACUGAGGCAGUGGCGACAGGCGAUUUGAGUAGCAUCGAAGCGACUUACGUCGCGCCUGGGGGCAACUUUUGGGUGGCUACACCUCGAUCGGAUCCGAGUGAAGUCGUGGGG